CUCCCUGCCACGCCAGCCGAGAGGCGCUGAGUCCAGAGGCCUCCACCACGAGACCUCUCGAAUUUUAAAAAUGUGCUUAGAAACAAACAAACGGCAAACACUGCCUGUGGGCAGGGGUGUAGCUGAGGUGGAGGGCUGGCCUAGCAUGCUGCAGGCCCGAGGUUCAGACCCAGUGCCACAAACCAACAGGCGAAGACCUCAAGCACAUCCAGAGCAGGCAGAACAGCACGGGUCCCUGGUUCACGAGCACCACGGCACUGGGUCCCACCCACCUGCCUGGUGAUCCCCUCGUUUCACCCACCACCCACUCCAGUGCGAUCACUUUUCAGGUCAGACUUCAUCAUGUCUGGCUUGGGGUCAGCCAGCUUUCCGCCUCUGAGACUCAAGUACCUGGAAAGGUUCUCCUUGGCGCCCAGUGUCCGAGUUUCUGACUGGGGCAGUUGGCCCUGUGGCUUUGGGCCGGUGUGGCUCAGGACUUCGUGGUGGGAGCACAGGGCAGAGGAGGGAAGGCAGGCUCCACUCUCCCUCCGAGGGCACACUGCAGCAGAAGACCUUGCAGUGGGACCUCUGGAAGUCCACACCUCUCAGUGGCACCCUAGUGAGGACGCCUGUGGGGAGCCCCUGACCCUCUGCAUCUCAUCAGGCUCAGCUCCCCGCGCUCCUGUGAGGGGACGUGUGUCCUGAGGCUCUCUGCCGAUUCUGUCCCUGGGAUCAGCGUGUGGGGGGACUGUGUGUCGGUUCCUCUUUGCUGUGUGGUAGCAUUCCCUGUGAGUGUCCCCAUGCGGUCCCACUCUCAGCUGGAGAGCGUUCCAGGGGCCGCGCUCGGGGCCUGUCAGUUCAGCACCUGGAGAGAGCGGCUGAGCACUGGUCUGUUGGAUCGCGAGAGGCCAAGCUGUUCUGCAAAGUGGUGUGCCGCGGGCAGUCCCUUCAGCCGUGCCCCUGACCAUCUGGUACCUGGUGUCUCCCCUUAGUGGCCGUUGGCCCCUCCCUCCUGGCCUGUCACUGGGCCUGGCCACUGUCCGUCUCCCGAGCCUCUCCCUGCCUGUGAAGGGGCUGGCAGCCUGCCCAGCUCUGGGCGCCCUGCACUGUUCCCUGCCACCUGCCGCCAGCCCCUCUUUGUCCUGCAGAUGGUGCAGUCGCUGGGCUUUGCCAUCUACCGCGCGCUGGACUGGGGCCUGGACGAGAGCGAGGAGCGCGAGCUCAGCCCACAGCUGGAGCGGCUCAUCGACCUCAUGGCCAACAGCGACUGCGAGGACAGCGGCUGUGGGGCGGCGGACGAGGGCUACGGGGGUCCAGAGGAGGAGGAGGAGGUUGCAGACGGUGGCCCCCGGGCCGUGCGCACCUUCUCCCAGGCCAUGCGGCUCUGCGCUGCGCGCCUGACCGACCCUCGGGGCGCGCAGGCCCACUACCAGGCUGUGUGUCGCGCACUCUUUGUGGAGACGCUGGAGCUACAGGCCUUCCUCGCCAGGGUCCGCGAGGCCAAGGAGGUGGAGAGCAUGGUGCUCCCAGACAUCUUCCUGAGCCCCACAGCCGGGGUCAGGACUCCACAGGCCCCCUUUCAGCUGAUGCUGCUGAAGCUAGGGGCGGAUGAGCCUCAGGUGGAGAAGCCGCUGGCGGAGCUGGACAACCUGGGACACACAGACUGGGCCCGGCUGUGGGUCCAGCUCAUGCGGGAGCUGCGCCACGGGGUGAAACUCAAGAAGGUGCAGGAGCAAGAGUUCAACCCCCUGCCCACCGAGUUCCAGCUCACCCCCUUCGAGAUGCUGAUGCAGGACAUCCGCGCCAGGAACUACCAGCUGCGCAAGGUCAUGGUCGAUGGGGACAUCCCUCCACGAGUGAAGAAGGAUGCACAUGAGCUUAUCCUGGACUUCAUCCGCUCCCGGCCUCCGCUGAAGCAGGUCUCCGAGAGAAGGCUGCGCCCGUUGCCACAGAAGCAGAGGACCCUGCAUGAGAAGAUCCUGGAAGAAAUCAAGCAGGAGCGGAGGCUGCGCCCUGUGGGGGACCAGCGCUUGGGCACCCGUGGGUUCGGCUCUCUGCCCUGUAUCCUCAGUGCCUGUUCUGGGGAUGUCAAGUCCACGUCCUGCAUCAACCUGUCCGUUCCCGAUGCUGGGAGCAGUGUGCAGCGCUCGCGUCCCCGAGUCCUGCUCAAGGCACCCACCUUGGCUGAGAUGGAGGAGAUGACCACAUCUGAGGAAGAAGAGUCUCCCUGUGGGGAGGUGGCACUGAAACGGGACCGCUCUUUUUCGGAGCAUGACCUGGCCCAGCUCCGGAGUGAAAUGGCCUCUGGCCUGCAGCCAGCCACACAGCCCCCAGGAGGGACGGAGCCACCCCGGCCCCGAGCAGGCAGCGUGCACACCUGGAAACCCAGCACCCGAGACCAGGGUUCCUGUCCUGUGAGUGUCCAGUCCCAGCCAGAUCCCAGCUCCCCCCAGCUCAGCAGCCUGAGCUCAGCAGACGGACUUGGGGCUUCUGCACCAGAUGCCAGGCACCUGUGGUUGGAGUUCCGCCACCCCGUGGAGAGCCUGGCCCUGACGGUGGAGGAGGUGGUGGGUGUGCGUCGUGUGCUGGUGAAGGCCGAGAUGGAGAAGUUUGCCCAGGACAAGGAGCUCUUCAGCAGCCUGAAGAGGGGGAAGAUCUGCUGCUGCUGCCGAGCCAAGUUCCCACUCUUCUCCUGGCCGCCCACCUGUCUCUUCUGCAAGAGAGCCGUCUGCACUUCCUGUAGCGUGAAGAUGAAGAUGCCUUCUAAGAAGUGUGCACACAUCCCUGUCUACACACUGGGUUUUGAGAGUCCUCAGAGGGCACCCGCUGCCAAAACCGCGACGGCGCCAAGGCGAGACGUCUUCCAGUGUGUUCCCUGGCCUGGGUGCUGGUGUCUGUGGUGGUCAGGCUUCUGCAGGGACUUGGGAGCAGGAGCAGGGUUGGCCUCACCUUGUGUGAGGACGCGCCCUGGAGGUGUAGUUCAGAUGGCUUUGGAGGGGUGGGGAGGCAGAGUGGUGAGAUGGAAACUGAACUGGGGUGGUCAGGACCCAGAACUCCAGUUCCUGUCCAGAGCCCUGCUGGGAUGCUUUUUGCUAGGCAUGUGGCUUCCCCAAGUCUCUGUGGGUUUGUGGUGGUGAAGGGGAGGGGCAGGCAGCAGGAGAGCCUAGGGGACUGCAGGGGCCCCCAGGAUGUGUGAGCCCUGCUGGCUCCCCAGCCUGACAGUCCUCUCUGGGUCCCCACCC